AAUUCCAGCACAGUCAGCUGAAAUCCAGGCUCUGGUGCAGUAGCACUCAGGUUGCUCUCUGGGUUGGAAGUAUCAUUUUGCUUUAAUAUACUCUUAAAAACACAAAUAUAACAGUUUAAAAUAAAAAAGGAGAAGUAGGACUUGGGGGAUAUGUACAUUUAAAGGGCAUUAGGAAAUUUUCUGGUUGACAGUGAAUAGGGCAAGGAUGAGAUAUCCAAAAGGGCUGGUCUCUGAAGUGGCUGCAGUUCAUUAGGAGUGCAAGCGAGCUGUUCUGAUUGGCUAUGAUUUUGAGAUCAUGCCCCUUAGAUAGCAGACUCUUCGCCUUGCUGGCUGUCAGCCUCUCCGGAUUGGAGAGGAUGCCUCCCCGGAAGCGCACACGGCCCACCCUGGGCUUCCUGUGCUGCUUCAGCAGCAGUGAACCCCCUGAGAUCAACCUGAAAGAUAGUGUACCACUGCAACUGCUGGAGUUCAGUGCCCCCAUGCCCCCGGAGGACGAACUGCAUGCCCGCUUCUCUGAAUUAGUGGAUGAAUUGGAUCUUACAGACAAGAACAGGGAAGCCAUGUUUGCUUUGCCUGCUGAGAAGAAAUGGCAGAUCUAUUGCAGCAAGAAGAAGGAACAAGAGGACCCCAACAAGCUUGCCACCAGCUGGCCUGAUUACUAUAUAGACCGCAUCAACUCCAUGGCAGCUAUGCAGACACUAUUUGCUUUUGAUGAAGAGGAAAUGGAGAUGAGAAACAAGGUGGUAGAAGAUCUAAAGACAGCCCUCCGGACUCAACCAAUGAGGUUUGUGACACGCUUCAUUGAGUUGGAUGGCUUGACGUGUCUUCUGAACUUCCUGAGGAGCAUGGACUAUGAAACCUCAGAGAGCCGCAUACAUACAUCCAUUAUCGGCUGCAUCAAAGCCUUGAUGAACAACUCCCAAGGCCGUGCCCAUGUACUGGCCCACCCCCAAAGCAUCAACACUAUCUCCCAAAGCCUCCGCCAGGACAACAUCAAGACCAAAGUGGCUGUGUUGGAGAUCCUGGGCGCUGUUUGCUUGGUGCCCGACGGGCAUAAGAAAGUAUUACAGGCAAUGGUACACUACCAGAAGUAUGCUGCAGAGAGGACUCGUUUCCAGUCUCUUUUGAACGAGCUGGACAGAAGCACAGGACAUUACAGGGAUGAAGUAAAUCUGAAGACAGCUAUAAUGUCAUUCAUAAACGCUGUGCUGAAUGCUGGGGUUGGAGAGGACAGUCUAGAGUUUCGCCUUCAUCUUAGGUAUGAGUUUCUGAUGUUAGGAAUUCAGCCAGUCAUCGACAAGCUGAGAGCACAUGAUAAUGCCACGCUUGACAGACAUCUGGACUUUUUUGAGAUGGUGCGGAAUGAGGAUGAGUUAGAACUGGCCAAACGCUUUGACACUACACAUGUGGAUUCCAAGAGUGCUGGCCACAUGUUUGAGCUGAUCAAGAAGAAACUGAGCAACACAGAUGCCUACCCCCACCUUCUAUCUAUCUUACAGCACUGCCUCCAAAUGCCAUAUAAACGUGGUGCAAGCAGUAUACAGCAAUGGCAACUUUUAGACCGCAUCCUUCAACAAAUUGUUCUACAAGAUGAGAAGGGAGAAAAUCCAGAUGUUUCACCCCUGGACAAUUUCAACGUUAAAAACAUCAUUAGAAUCUAUGGAAAGCAAUGCAUGUCAAGGCUUAUCAAUGAGAAUGAAGUCAAACAGUGGCGAGACCAAGCAGAAAAGUUCAGAAAAGAGCACAUAGAGUUGAUAGCCCGGCUGGAAAGGAAAGAAAGGGAGUGUGAGACCAAGACACAAGAGAAGGAGGAUAUGAUGAAGACACUCAACAAGAUGAAGGACAAACUGCAGAAAGAAGGAGUGGAGUUGCGCUCUGCCAGGGAGCAAGUAUUAGACCUCUCCUACCGCAUUAGCGACAUUUCAAGUGGUGGAGUUCAUUUACCCGUCCCCCCUCCGCUUCCUGGGAGCCCGAUGGCGCCACCUUCACCACCUAUGAUGCUGGGUGGCUUCCCUCCUCCUCCUCCUCCACCUAUUGCUUUCUCCAGCCCACCCCCACCACCACCUCCACCUCCCCCAGGCGGUCCUCCACCCCCACCUGGAGCCCCGCCCAUCUUUUCUGGUGUUCCGCCUCCACCUGGACCUGCUUCCAUUAGCUCCACAACCAGUCUGCGCACAAAGAGCAUCCCCCAACCUUCACAACCACUCAAAUCCUUCAAUUGGUCCAAACUGGGAGAGAACAAGAUCACUGGUACUAUCUGGUAUGAGAUUGAUGACGGAAGGGCCUUUAAAGUUCUUGACCUAAAGGACAUUGAGAAAAUGUUUUCGGCUUACCAGAGGCAGCAAGAGCUGCUCACUAACCAAUCCUUCAAGCAGAAAGAAACAGGAUCAAUGGAUGACCUUUAUCUGAGCUCACGCAAAGUCAAAGAGCUGUCUGUUAUCGAUGGACGGAGGGCCCAAAACUGUGUCAUCCUACUUUCCAAGUUAAAAAUGAGCAAUGAAGAGAUAAAGAGAGCCAUUCUAGAGAUGGAUGAGAGGGAAGAGCUGGCUAAAGACAUGUUAGAGCAGCUUCUAAAGUUCGUUCCCGAGAAAAGUGAUAUUGACCUUCUGGAGGAACACAAACAUGAGCUUGAGCGUAUGGCCCGGGCUGACCGCUUCCUAUUUGAGAUGAGCAGAAUUGACCACUAUCAGCAGAGGCUCCAGUCUCUUUUCUUCAAAAAGAAGUUUGCAGAGCGUCUAGCAGAAAUAAAGCCAAAGGUUGAAGCUAUUCUGUGUGCGUCACGUGAGGUGAUGAGAAGUAAGCGCCUGACACAGGUUCUGGAAGUGGUUUUGGCAUUCGGAAACUUCAUGAACAAAGGACAGAGGGGCAACGCAUAUGGUUUCAAAGUUUCCAGCCUCAACAAGAUCAUAGACACCAAGUCAAGUAUAGAUAGGAACAUCACCAUGUUGCAUUACCUGAUCAUGAUCUUUGAGAAGAAUUACCCUGACAUCCUCAAUAUUCAACGGGACUUGGCCACUGUACCAGAAGCUGCCAAAGUCAAUCUGGCUGAGCUGGAAAAGGAAGUGUUCAUCAUUAGGAGUGGCCUGAAAGCUCUGGAGGCGGAGCUACGAUACCAGCAGAGCCGAGCAUGUGACCGGGGAGACAAGUUUGUCCCAGUGGUCAGUGACUUCAUCACAGUCGCUAGCUUCAGCUUCUCUGAACUCGAGGAACUACUCACUGAAGCUAAAGAUAAGUUUUCUAAGUCUCUGAAGCAUUUUGGAGAGGAAGAAAGUUGUAUGCAACCAGAUGAGUUCUUUGGAAUCUUUGACGUCUUCCUGCAGUCAUUCAGCGAGGCCCGACACGACCUGGAGAACAUGCAGCGACGCAAAGAGGAGGAAGAGAGGAGAAUACGCAUGGAGGCCAUGCUGAAGGACCAGCGGGAACGAGAGAGACGAGCAAAGAAAAGCACCGGAGGCAGUGUGUCGGAGGAGGUGGGGGAGUUUGAUGAUCUCGUAUCAGCACUUCGCUCAGGUGAAGUCUUUGACAAGGACUCUAAACUAAAACGUAAUCGCAAGCGCUCUGUCAACCAGCUGGUGGAUGGUGGGGGUCGUGAAAGAUCAGUCACCAAGGUGAACUAUUGACCUCAGUAUAUACAGUCAGAAGAAGAUCAGACUUUUUAUAUUCACAGACUGACAGGGAACUUUCCUGAAAUGCCAUACACUGCCCUCUGUUUUCCCUUUUGCUCAGACCAGUAAUAACUGACAAGCUCAAAGAUGGACAGGCUCACUGUAAACAGUCUGGUUUAUCCACAGAUGUGAAGGAUGCCCUGCAAUAUCUGUCUUCUUGCUUCUGAUUUUCAGUCCUCUUUCUUGAUAUGCCCAGUCACUCACACUGAUCUCUUACUCUUACUGAUCUCUUUUUUGUUUUUUUUGUGGCGAAAUGUGCAACCUGAGUUCCAGUAUGAAAGAGCAGUUCAGUCUGGUGAAGCAAGGUCUCACAAUAAGUCAUAAAAGGUGGACAGUCAUUUGUAGAAUCCAUAUGGUUAUCCUUCUAACCUGCCAAGGUUGCUGUCCUUUCUCGGCCACCCAUUUCCUUGCUCUAAUAUUAGGAGAGUCCCAUUUUUAGUAAUCUGGUACCUCUAAUCUUCGGAUCCAACUGUGCUUUUUGAUUUAAAAGAUGCAGCUUGUGCUUCCUAAACCUGAAAAUGAAGAAGAAGAAGAAGAAAAAAAAGAAAAUAUUGUUCAAUCCUGAAUGUUGGAAUUACCAGACAGGAAAUAUGACACUGUGGAUGCAGCCUUACAGGUUGGGAUACUCCUUUCCCAAGUGCCUCUACAGAUAUUAAUGGCAUUCCAAGGACUACCUCCUGUAGGGAGAUACUGAUGAGAGACAAGAGCACUUUGACCAAGAGAUACCGAGAGCAUGAAACCGGAAGUCUGAAAAUACGCAGAGUGUAUUUAAUAGCAGAAGUUAAAUGAAUCUGUUAGAUUGUUAUACUUCAGAAUUUGUCUCAUCUGUAAUAUACAACUGCACCUUUUAUCCAAAUGCCCUGAAGUAGCAUUCUAGGAAGGAAGGGACCGUGAAACUCUGUUUAAAGAAGCAGUUAUCUAUGAGCAAGUACUACCAUGUGUCUUCAUCACUUCUUCAGGUUAACAUACUGAACCUUAGGGCCUUGAUUAUAUUGAACAAAAUGAUGUCUUACAUAUUUUACUAUCUAAAUGUGUAUAAAGAAAUGCUAGGUACCUAGAAUUUGUAGAGAGAGCCACUGAAUUUUAGACUUUGUUCUCAAGGUCAACAUUAUGUAACCCACUUUGGUUCUCUUAUAUUUUGUUCAUAUUUUUUAAAUAACAUGUAUAUUAAGUAGCUGUAGUCAGGACAAAGGUUGCAGAUGUAUAUACAAUGACCUUGUAGUUGGCAUGGUGUGGCAGAGAAAACAGGGAAGACGAGAGGCCUUUGAUUUGGAUAUAGACACAGAUAUGAGGGCAAUGAGUGCAAACAUCUAGGGGGAAUGUUCAGUCCAGUGAGAUGGUGAUUGAACCAAAAAAAUCCAUGCACUUUCAUGCACCCCUCCCCCUCCCUUUCCUUAAUACAGUUUUUUUUUUUUUUAUCAUCAAAACAUACAGGUUACGUUGCAACAGUCUGCUUUAGACGAUUUGUUUUGUAGGCCUCCUGUGUCUUCUUUCCAUUUCCCAUGUCACAGUGGGACUUCUGUGUAUGGUGAUUGUGUUUAUCUUAGGGACACACAUGGUGCUAAUUGUCCAUUUGUGUGGGUACAGCUCUGCCCCUGCUAACCCUGCUUAAGGACGAAGAAGGCUGUCUAUGAGAGCAGGGCUUCUGUAUAUCCAUAUUUCUUUGAGCCAAUAAAAUAAUUUAUUAACAGUCCAAUAAUACACAAGUUUUUAAACACUAAGCUUACAAGUGCCAGAACAACGGGCCAGUGCACUCACCUGCAUCAACUCGUGUACUUAUUUAGAUUUAAUAAUUGAAAGGUGUAUAUUUACGUUUGUUUGUAUUUUUUAUAUACCAAAAAUUCUAAUUGCAGUCCUGUCUAUAUUAAGCCAGUUUUUUUGUGACUAACGGCUUCAGAUUGCUUAUUACAAGUUAGUAUUUUUGUACAACAAACAGUUAGUUCCAGGUUUGACCUGAAAAGAGCAGAGAGUGGUGUCUGGGACAUUUAGAAAAAUACUAUUAUUGCCCAUUUAAAUCUGUGCAUUUUAAAAAGCUGUAAUCUUUAGUUAAAUUGGAUUUCCUAAGGAUUCCCCAUAGAGGCUCUUAUUACAUCUUAUGGCAAAGUCCUAAUCUUGAGCUGCUUAAUUGGAGAUCAUGCAGAAUUAGUUUAGAAUUAGUCACUUGUUUUUUUUAUUUCAUUUUGAAAGUAGAAAACAUGGGGACAUCAUUUUACUACUUUCAAUAUGGAAUUAAAAAAUGGAUUGAGGGAUUGCAUGAUUAAUUGUUCAGUGUGCACCACAUUGGGGUGUUUAGGCUAUUUAUUUUCUUUCCUUUACAUCUUUGUCAUUCUUGUCAUGAGAAGAGUGGUACUGCAGAUGCUAGAAGUUACAUUGUUCCACAGCACAACCUUGGUGUUUUGCUUUUUAAGUUACACAAAGUAUUAAAAUAUUCAGUAUUAAUAUUUGUAUUUUUUAUGUAUAUUUGGUCAUUGAUUGUCCAAAACAGAAAGAAAAAUAUGUAGCUAGUUGCUUGAUGCACUUUUUUUGUAGGACAUACUUUUUCCUGCAUCACAAACCUGAGGAGCCAAAGGCUGAAAAAAAAAGAAAAAGAAAAAAAAGAGAAAAUCUAAGUAUAUUUUUUUAGUUACAAAAUCAGACCUGCAUAGAUAAGGUGUAUAUUUACCCAGUAAUCUGUGUUCCAUUGUUUUAUAAAACUGUCCGUUUCAACUCUUUGAUUAUUGUGGAUUGAAUAUGUAAUUAUAUAGAUAUGAACUGCGAUAUGAAUGGCAAAGGAAAUUGAUUAUCUUUGGUACGUUACAAGAUAAAAGACUGCAUCUGAAAACACCAUGCCAACUGUCUAAAUGUAUCACUCACUUUUGUAUUUUAGAUAGGCCUAUUUUUGAAAGAUGUCUUGCUUCCCACUUCUGCUUGGUUCAAUAACGCACUUGAUGUUUCUCCUAUUGACUUGAGUGUGCACAGGUGUGGUUCUCUGAUAAUGUUGGUAUAUUAUUACCUGUGACAUGAAACGCAUCACACUUUGAACAUGUUCAUGGAAUACUCCACCCGUAAUUUUCACAGGUUGUAUUUGUGCCAAGUGCACAAUUUUAAAGGUUGAUUUGACAGGGGCCUCAUAUAUGUGUAGUUUUCAAAUAUUUUGUACAUCAUCAUAAUCAUUUGAGAGAAAAAAAGAAAGAAAGAAAGAAAGAAAGAAA